AUGGCAGCGAUCUACUCUGGGAUUUACCUGAAACUGAAAAGCGCCAAGACUUCUUGGGAAGACAAACUCAAACUAGCCCAUUUUGCGUGGAUUUCUCACCAGUGCGUCCUUCCUAAUAAGGAACAAGUAUUGCUCGAUUGGGUAAGCCACGCGUUGGUUUCAUACUACAAUAAGAAACCUGAACUGGAGGAUGAAGUUGUUGAGAAACUCUGGGCGUAUCUAGACAGUGUUAUCCAUAGUAGAAGACUACAGAAUCUCUUAAAGAGCGGGAAGACAAUUGGUCUCAGUUUUUCAGUUGCACAGGUCAUAAAUGAAAGGUUAUCAGAGGCCUGUUCUCAAAAAACACAGCAAAACAUUGGCACAGUGCUGAGUUGCUCCAGUGGCAUCCUUUCUACUCCUUCGCUCUCCAUCAUUUACACGGCAAAGUGUGAGCUCUUGGUUGAUCUCCUCAGCAAGCUGUGCAAGCUGGCAUGUCAGCAACUGGCUGCUGACGAUGCUGUGGGCUCCCAGUUGUUCAGUGUCCUCCAGCUUACCUUUGCUCAGUACCUCCUGAUCCAGAGGCAGCAAACCAACCCAAAUCGUGUGUUUGGACAAGUGACAAGUCACUUGCUCCAGCCAUGUCUGCUUCUGAGGCACUUGCUGACUGUGAGGACCUGGACACAAGCAGAUGACAACCACGUGCGUCAGCACCUGAGCAGGGACAUCCGAAACCAAGUAGAAACUUUGCUGCAGGCUGGGUUAUUCCAACCUGAGCUUUUCUCAUCCUACAAAGAGGAGCUGCUGCCAGAACAGGAGCUCCAGGAGAAGAAGAAAGGAGCUUUGAAAAGUCUUUUGCUACCAGUCAACACAGUGCAGACCAAGCUGGGCAAUGGCUUUUGUGAACCUGCCCUCCAUGGAGCUGUUGUGGCUGGUUCUGUAUCCUUGCUGUAUAAGCUCUUUCUGGACUCGUACUGUAAGGCAGAGAACCACCUUGUGUGUUUCCACAUGCUCAGCAGGCUUUUUGGUUGUCUCAGGCUCUCUGGCCUACAGCAGGGCAUGAGGGAGGAUACGCUCUCCCCUGCGGACUGGAGCACAGAGCUGCUUACUUUGGAACAGCUUCUGAACUCAGUGCUGAGCAGCGAUAUCUAUAACGUUGCCAGUGACCGUAUCCGGCACAAGGAGGUGCAGUUUGGGUUUUACCGCAGCCUAGCACAGAUGUUGAUGAGUCACUCCCAAGCUUCCAUCCCUGCUUGGUUCAGGUGUCUCAAACUCUUGAUGUCAUUAAACCACCUUAUAGUAGAGCCAGACCUGGAUGACUUAGUGGCCUCGGCUUGGAUUGAUGCCGAGGUCUGCGAGCCACGUACGAAGAAGCCCCAGGAGGCUCUCAUCAGCACCGUGUUUCAGACUUACUCCAAGCUGCGACAGUUCCCACGGCUCUUUGAGGAGGUGCUGACAGUCAUUUGCCGGCCAGCUGCUGAUGAGCUGAGGCUGCCCGUCUUCUCUGCUGGCCUGACAGAAAAGCUUCGUGAGUGCCUCCUUGAACUGCCACCCAACCAGAUUCUGGACAUCUUGUUGGCCUUGAAGCUAGUGUCAGUGAGCUCGGUGCUGCAUGCUUUUCUGUUCAACAUGAGGAGCCUGGAUGAUAUCACUCCUUCCCCUGUGGUCCUUCGCACUCAGAGUCUGCUGGCAAAGAUGCAGAAGGGAAUAAUUCAGCCACUGAUGGAGCUGCUGCAGGCUUCUAGAAGAGAGGAAGAGAAGUCAGACCUUUGGCUAAGAAAGGCCACUGACUCUGCUCUCCUCCUCCUUUACACUUGGGUUGAGGUAGACACUUUGUUUGGGGUUAGCUGCAGUAAAUACGUGUCUCCAACAGCUGGAAUUGCUGGUGCUCUUACUGAACCUGCUGCAAGGCACUGGGGCAUUUCAGCUUUCCUCCCUGUUGUAGAGGAGCAGUGUUGGGAGAGAGUCAUGGAGCUUGCAAAUAGUUUUCCCUCCACUAGUAAAUAUUGCAUAGAACUGCUCACGCUUCAGAAAAUGAAGAUGAUCUUAAUGCAGACCAAAGCUGACCUACAGGCCUUGCAGCAUGCCGCAGCUUUCAUCCUGGAGUCUGGGAGAUCCAGCGUGAGCAUGGGAGAAUCUGAACCAUGGGAUGGAGAUAUCAGUGCGAUAGGUGAUCUUACCUACCCCACGGCACACUGGCACCUCAUCAUUUCCAACCUGACUAUCCUGUUGCCGUUUAUUUCCGUGGAAGAUGUAGAGUACAUUGCAAAUGUGCUUCUAGAGACGUUAGUAUUGUCCAAAGCUCAGGAAGGUGCCACAGACCAGGAGCCUUCCAUCAGCAUUGGAAAAGUAUCUCUUGGUUUGAUGCAUAGCUCCUUUCUCCCAGAAAUGAGGCUCCUGCAUUGUGCUUUUCUGACCAGUCUUAUUCAUCAGUUCACUAGGGUGCUGCCCACUGCUGCCAAGGAUUCAGUAGAUCUGCCACUUCAACAGCUGUCUGCAGGUAAUAUCUCAUGGCAUGAAGAAAUCCUGGCUCCUUGCAGACCUGUGGACCCGUUGGAAGCACCGUCAGAAAACAAACUGUUGAAGAAUGAGGUCAGCUUGUCUUGGAAAACACUGGAGAAAGUUGCCCAAUGUAUAGUGGUGUUAGCAAAAAACGGCUGCCCUGUCAUUCUGAAAGAAAGUCAGCUAGAGAGCUGCUUGGGUUUGCUAGAAAUUGCUUCUCUUCUGAAACUAGACAGUCUUCUUCCCUCUGACUGUACCCGGUGUUUUCUGGUGUUCCUGUCCCUGCUAGCCAACACCAGGACUAGUGUCUCUUGCAGCAAGCUGUUAUUGCUGAAGUUUUUAAGUACCUGCUUCCACCUCCUGAGGUGCCUGCAAGCUGGUUUUUUUGUUUUUAAGGUGUUUCACGCCAGCGAUGUUCUCGAGGCUGUCAUGACCUCCCAGCUUACAGCUAGCAAGUUCUUCACUGAUGUCAUGACUGUUCCUGUUUGGGCACAGUAUCUCCAGGAAGUCCAAGCCUUUUUGGAAAACUUUCUUCAGAUGAUUAUUGAAAGAAGGCAAAGUGUGAGGCUCAACUUGGAAAAGUUCAUGUCUUUCCUGGUGAGCUGCAAGCCAGACGUUGGUGCAGCCAAAAGCAAAGGCUGGAAAAACUGGAAUCCUGCAGCUGGGCAGUUACUGCUCACGGCAUUCACCACACUGUGUCAUGUCGUCACACUGUACCUUCAGCAGCUGCCAGAAAAGAAGCUGCAGUCUGCAGAUGUACGGUCUGCUCUGUUGGAGCCAGUAGUUCUGCAGAUGGUCAGGACUGUUGAACAUGGUCUUCAGAGUAACACCCAAAACCAGCCUUUGCCUGUAGCAUUCAUACCAUCUGUCACUACUCUUCUCAAAGCAGAUCUGAGCUAUGCUGUCAAGAAGGGCUGGCAGAAGGAGCCCAGUAGGUUUUUGGAGCAACCCCGUAUUAAACUGUACCAAAAGUUUUACUCUCAGAUACUGAGAGAGCUGCCCUGCGCCGGGGAUAACCUGCAGUUCCUUCAGUCUGCGUUGCAGUUUUUAACAGUCUUCUGCUCAGUGCCAGAGUUGUAUCCUGGAAAAGAAACAGCGGUCAUGGUUGUUUUUGCCAUAAAAAAGCUUCUCACUGGUCCUGCAAUCACAACCCGGGUGAUCCAGAGCAUGGAGAUGGAGCUGACGGAGGUGCUUGUCCAGCUGCUGGGAAACUGCUCGGCCGAGGAAUUUUAUACCGUGAUGAGGCUGGUGCUGCAGGGACUUGAAAUGAGGAAUGUUUGGCAACAGAAGGCUAAAGAAGUAUUGUCAGCUGUUACACUAACUAGAUUGUUGCUCUGCUGCCCAUUAAGUGGAGACAAAGAGAAGGCUUUCUGGUUUGCCAGCCCGCAGAUAAUCACAGCUUUAGCUAUGCAAACCAGAGAGGCCUGCCAGGACCAGUCACUGAUUUCCACCAUAGUUGUGCCUAUUCUAGAGACUGUAGCAGCUCUGCUGAGGCAAGGAGAAGGGGUUCUCUUGAAUCCCCACCAUGUGGCAUUGGCAUUCAACAUUCUUUUAGCAGUCCCUCUGGAUCAUCUGAAGACAGAAGACUAUCGCGGUGUCUUCCUGGGAGUCCACGAAGUACUCUUCUCUAUUGUGCAGUGUCAUCCAAAGGUGCUGUUGAAAGCAGCACCAUCUUUUCUGAACAGUUUCCAUCGUCUAGUUGUUUCUGUCAUGCAUGAAGGACGUCAGAAAGGAGACAGAGGCAACACAGAUGAGUUUGAAGUUACGCUGAAGUGUGCACACUUGGUGGAACGGAUGUAUACUCAUAUUGCUGCAGAAAUGGAGGACUUUACUGUGUUUUCUGCUUUCAUUGUGGCUCAGUAUGUGACUGAAUUGCAGAAGGUGACUUUGCACCCAGAUGUGAAGAAACAUCUCACAGAAGGGAUAUAUCACAUCCUUGACCUUUGCAUUGAACGGGACAUCAAGUUCUUAAAUUCAUCGCUACCAGCAGGUGUAAGGGAGGUCUUUAAGGAUCUGUAUAAUGAUUACAACCACUACCACAAAGCAAAAAAACAGGGGGAGGAAAAGUAUACUGCGUGAUGAAUCCUGCCUGGUGCUGCGUAAUCAGUUACGAAUUGAUCUUGCAGUGCUCAGAAAAUUCU